AUGGCUGCUUAUUUAAUCACUGGUGCUAACAGAGGAAUCGGUUUAGCUAUCAUCGAACAAUUAUACAAAGAUGAAAAAAAUUUAAUCAUUGCAACUGUUAGAAAUCAAUCAACAGCUGAAAAUCUCGAAAAACAAUAUCCAAGAGUUAAAACCAUCGUUAUCAAUAUGGCUGACUCGUACGCUAAAUUUGAAUCUGCUUUCAAACUUAUUGACCAAUUUACUCCUCAUGGUAUCGAUUGUCUUAUCGCCAAUGCUGGUGUUUUAGGCGAAGAUGCAUUAUUUGAGUCUCAGCUUUAUGAUGUUGACCAAUAUUUAGAUGUUAUGAAUAUUAAUGUUGGAGGAGUUGCUAAAACAUAUAAGGCAGGUUUCCCGUAUUUAUUCAAAACAGACAACGGUGUUUCUAAGAAAUUCAUUAUUAUGUCAAGUGUUGCCGGAACUACUGGUGGAUUUGUUUUAGGUGCCAAUGCUUAUGGUGCAUCAAAAGCUGCUGUCAAUCAUCUUGGUAAGCAAAUUGCUGAAGACAACAAAAGUAGUGGUAAUGAAUUAGUCAAGAAUUCAAUUACUAUCUUACAACAUCCAGGUCACGUUUUACUGGAAAUGGGUGCUGAUGUUGCUGCUAUCGUUGGUGAUGAAAAAUUCGUUUCCACUGAGGAAUGUGCAAUUAAGUUAGUUAAACUUCUUAAUGUUUUCACCGUAGCUCAUACUGGUGGUUUUUUUGAUGAAAAUGGAGAAACCAUGAUUUUUUAG